ACAACUUCCUAAUCUAUAAUCUUUUCGCGCGACACUGCAUUCCCCAAAUUCAAAGACGAAGAAGAAGAUAAUUAUCUCUAGUAAGUAGUUUCCAUUGCAAGCUUUCACUCGAAUUUUCGAAAAUUCGUCAAUUCCCUCGCCAAACCCCGUAAUUUAUUCCAAAAUCAUUGAAUCACACAAUUCGGAAUCGAAAAAACCAUGUCCGCCAUUUGUUUCUCCAAGCUCACGAGCUCCAAUAUACUGUCUUUCACAUCCUCUUCUUCAAUUCCUUCAAAAGUUCCCGAAUCCCCCGCUCUCAGCCCUUCCAUUUCUCGAAAAUUCCCCGCUUUUUGCAAACCCUUGGCUCGCCCACCGAGGAAGCUCCAUCUGCGAAGUCGCUCGAAGUCGUCGGAGGCGGAGGAGCUCUCGUCGCCGGAGGAUGAGUGGUUGAAGAAGCUUCCGGACAAGAAGAAGCCUCUGUAUUCUCACAGUCUCCCUUGCAUUGAGGCCUGGCUGAGGAGUUUGGGGUUUUACCAGAGCAAAGAGGACAGAGCAGUUUGGCUCGUCGAGAAGGCCGAUUGGCACGCGCAGCUCUCGCUCGAUGUCACCGAUUUGUACAUAAGGUAUCUAAAGAGUGGACCUGGAAAUCUCGAGAAGGAUGUGGAAAGGAGAUUCAGUUACGCUCUAAGCAGAGAAGAUAUUGAGAAUGCCGUGCUCGGAGGACCUUAGGGACAAUAACUGGUUUUCUCUGCGAUAAGGCCAGAGGUCAAGAUUAACCAUCAUUUUUUCGAUGGAAUUAGUUGCAUAGUGUGAAUACACUGCUUUCGGCUAUUUUUGGAAUGUCCAUUCUGUUCUAAGUUGAACUCAAAGAACUUGUUAUCCUUGGUACUAUUCCAUUGUUUUCCACCAAUUUUGCUUUCACAUAAUUGCUCCCCUCAUAUUAAAAUUGGGAGCUAUUUGUGUCAUAUAUUAGCAUUCUACAGUUGAUACACUUGGCAAAUGUUUCCUUUGAAAUAAGGAAAUGUCUUAUCAUACAGCCAAAUACAUCAAGUGAAUGGGGAUAUGAUACUCCAAUGAAAUCGUGCUCUUCAGCUCUCCACCAGUCUCGUUGCCAGUCAUUUUUAUUGCGAGUCGGCUUGUGAUCCGACUUCUAUU